AUGAAGCAGGAGGAGCUGGCUGAGUGUCUGCUGAGAAGUACUUUUGCUGCAGUUUGUAAAAAGCGGCUGAAGUCUAAGCUGAAGAAGAAGUCCCGGUGUGUGUUUGAGGGGAUUGUUAAAGCAGGAAACCCAACCCUACUGAAGCAGAUCUACACAGAGCUCUACAUCACAGAGGGAGGGACUGGAGACGUCAACAAUGAACAUGAAGUCAGACAGAUUGAAGCAGCAUCCAGGAAUCCAGACAGAGCAGAGACAACCAUCAGACAGGAAGACAUCUUUAAACUCCCACCUGGAAGAGAUGAACCAAUCAGAACAGUGAUGACGAAGGGAGUGGCCGGCAUCGGUAAAACAGUCCUAACACAGAAGUUCACUCUGGACUGGGCUGAAGGCAAAGCCAACCAGGACAUCCAGUUACUGCUUCCAUUCACCUUCAGAGAGCUGAAUGUGCUGAAAGAGAGAAAGUUCAGCUUGGUGGAACUUGUUCAUCACUUCUUCACUGAAACCAGAGAAAUCUGCAGCUUUGAAGAGUUCCAGGUCGUGUUCAUCUUUGACGGUCUGGAUGAGAGUCGACUUCCUCUGGACUUCCACAACAAUCAGGUCCUGACUGAUGUUACAGAGUCCACCUCAGUGGAUGUGCUGCUGACAAACCUCAUCAGGGGGAACCUGCUUCCUUCUGCUCAUCUCUGGAUCACCACACGACCCGCAGCAGCCAAUCAGAUCCCUCCUGAGUGUGUCUCCAUGGUGACGGAGGUCAGAGGGUUCACUGACCCACAGAAGGAGGAAUACUUCAGGAAGAGGUUCAGAGAAGAGGAACAGACCAGCAGGAUCAUCUCCCACAUCAAGACAUCACGAAGCGUCCACAUCAUGUGCCACAUCCCAGUCUUCUGCUGGAUCACUGCUACGGUCCUGGAGAAAGUCCUGGAAACCAGAGAGGGAGGGGAGCUGCCCAAGACCCUGACUGAGAUGUACAUCCACUUCCUGGUGGUCCAGGCCAAGCUGAAGAAGGUCAAGUAUGAUGGAGGAGCUGAGACGGAUCCACACUGGAGUCCAGAGAGCAGGAAGAUGGUGGAGUCUCUGGGAAAACUGGCUUUUGAGCAGCUCCAGAAAGGAAACCUGAUCUUCUAUGAACCAGACCUGAGAGAGUGUGGCAUCGAUGUCAGAGAGGCUUCAGUGUACUCAGGAGUGUUCACACAGAUCUUUAGAGACGAGAGCAGCCUGUACCAGGACCAGGUCUUCUGCUUCAUCCAUCUGAGUGUCCAGGAGUUUCUGGCUGCUCUUCAUGUCCAUCUGACCUUCAUCAAGUGUGGAGUCAACCUGCUGGAGAAACAAAAGAACACCUUCUGGUGGUUUAAAACAAGCGCAGAGACUGACAUCUAUCAGAGUGCUGUGGACAAGGCCUUACAGAGUCCGAACGGACACCUGGACUUGUUCCUCCGCUUCCUCCUGGGUCUUUCACUGGAGACCAAUCAGACUCUCCUACGAGGUCUGCUGGAACCAAAACAAAGAAGUUCACAGAACAAUAAGGAAACAGUUGAAUACAUCAAGAAGAGGAUCAGUGAGGAUCUGUCUGCAGAGAAAAGCAUCAACCUGUUCCACUGUCUGAAUGAACUGAACGCUGGUUCUCUGGUGGAGGAGGUCCAACAGUUCCUGAGGUCAGGACAUCUCUCCACAGAUAAACUGUCUCCUGCUCAGUGGUCGGCUCUGGUCUUCAUCUUACUGUCAUCAGGAGAUCUGGAGGUGUUUGACCUGAAGAAAUACUCAGCUUCAGAGGAGGUUCUACGGAGGCUGCUGCCGGUGGUCAAAGCCUCCAAGAAAGUUGUGUUGAGUGGUUGUAAACUCUCAGAGGACAUCUGUGCAGAUCUGUCCUCAGUUCUCAGCUCUCAGUCCUCCAGUCUGACAGAACUGGACCUGAGUAACAACCACCUGAAGGAUUCAGGACUGAAGAAGCUGUGUCCUGGACUGGAGAGUCCACACUGUCACCUGGAGUCUCUCAGGUUGAGUGACUGUAACCUCUCAAAGAACAUCUGUGCAGAUCUGUCCUCAGUUCUCAGCUCUCAGUCCUCCAGUCUGACAGAACUGGACCUGAGUAACAACCACCUGCAGGAUUCAGGACUGAAGAAGCUGUGUCCUGGACUGGAGAGUCCACACUGUCACCUGGAGUCUCUCAGGUUGAGUGUCUGUAACCUCUCAGAGAACAUCUGUGCAGAUCUGUCCUCAGUUCUCAGCUCUCAGUCCUCCAGUCUGACAGAACUGGACCUGAGUAACAACCACCUGCAGGAUUCAGGACUGAAGAAGCUGUGUCCUGGACUGGAGAGUCCACACUGUCACCUGGAGUCUCUCAGGUUGAGUGACUGUAACCUCUCAGAGAACAUCUGUGCAGAUCUGUCCUCAGUUCUCAGCUCUCAGUCCUCCAGUCUGACAGAACUGGACCUGAGUAACGACCACCUGCAGGAUUCAGGACUGAAGAAGCUGUGUCCUGGACUGGAGAGUCCACACUGUCACCUGGAGUCUCUCAGGUUGAGUGACUGUAACCUCUCAGAGGACAUCUGUGCAGAUCUGUCCUCAGUUCUCAGCUCUCAGUCCUCCAGUCUGACAGAACUGGACCUGAGUAACAACGACUUGCAGGAUUCAGGACUGAAGAAGCUGUGUCCUGGACUGGAGAGUCCACACUGUCACCUGGAGUCUCUCAGGUUGAGUGGUUGUAACCUCUCAGAGGACAUCUGUGCAGAUCUGUCCUCAGUUCUCAGCUCUCAGUCCUCCAGUCUGACAGAACUGGACCUGAGUAACAACCACCUGAAGAAUUCAGGACUGAAGAAGCUGUGUCCUGGACUGGAGAGUCCACACUGUCACCUGGAGUCUCUCAGGUUGAGUGGUUGUAACCUCUCAGCGUACAUCUGUGCAGAUCUGUACUCAGUUCUCAGCUCUCAGUCCUCCAGUCUGACAGAACUGGACCUGAGUAACAACCACCUGCAGGAUUCAGGACUGAAGAAGCUGUGUCCUGGACUGGAGAGUCCACACUGUCACCUGGAGUCUCUCAGGUUGAGUGUCUGUAACCUCUCAGAGGACAUCUGUGCAGAUCUGUCCUCAGUUCUCAGCUCUCAGUCCUCCAGUCUGACAGAACUGGACCUGAGUAACAACCACCUGCAGGAUUCAGGACUGAAGAAGCUGCGUCCUGGACUGGAGAGUCCACACUGUCACCUGGAGUCUCUCAGGUUGAGUUUCUGUAACCUCUCAGAGGACAUCUGUGCAGAUCUGUCCUCAGUUCUCAGCUCUCAGUCCUCCAGUCUGACAGAACUGGACCUGAGUAACAACCACCUGCAGGAUUCAGGACUGAAGAAGCUGUGUCCUGGAGUGGAGAGUCACCACUGUCACCUGGAGUCUCUCAGGCUGUCAGGCUGUCUGAUCUCAGAGGAAGGCUGUGCUUCUCUGGUCUCAGCUCUGAGCUCCAACCCCUCCCACCUGAGAGAGCUGGACCUGAGCUACAACCAUCCAGGAGAGUCAGCAGUGAAGCUUUUGUUUUCUGGACUGGAGGAUCCCCGCUGGAGACUGGACACUCUCAGGGUGGAGCCUGCUGGACAACGAUGGAUGACACCAGGUCUGAGGAAGUAUUCCUGUCAUCUCACCAUUGACACAAACACAGUAAACAAAAACAUCCAACUGUCCGACAACAACAGGAAGAUGACGUGUGUGGAGGAGGAUCAGUCAUAUCCUGAUCAUCCAGACAGGUUUGAUUACUGUCCUCAGCUGCUGUGUAGAGAAGUUCUGACGGGUCCCUGUUACUGGGAGGUCCAGUUGAGAGGAAUAGUUGAGAUAUCAGUGAGUUACAGAAGAAUCAGCAGGAAAGGAAACUUUGAUGACUGUAGGUUUGGAAUGAAUGAUCAUUCCUGGAGUCUGUCCUGUUCUGAUGGUGGUUGGUACCAAGUCUAUCACAAUAACAGACUAACAUCUUCCUCCUCCUCUUCCUCUUCCUCAGUCUCUGACAGAGUAGCAGUGUAUGUGGACGUUCCUGCUGGAACUCUGUCCUUCUACAGCAUCUCCUCUGACAGACUGAUCCACCUCCACACAUUCAACACCACAUUCACUGAACCUCUCUAUCCUGGGUUCGGGUUUGGGAAAAAGACUGGUUCUUCAGUGUCUCUGUGUUGA